AUGGAGGACCGCAUGACGGCGUGUGACGUCACCGCGCUGCCGGCUUUUGCGCCGUUCAGACGCGCCGGCUUCUUCGCUGUGUACGACGGCCACUCGGGCCCGGAAGCUGCCGAGUACCUGCAGCAGCACCUGCUGCUCCACCUGCAGGCACACCUCCUGUCUGGCCUCGCGGCCGCCGGCGCCGCAGAGGCCGAUGAGAGGGCCGACGGCGAAGGGAUCGGCGGCGUAGUACCCAACCGCCCCCGCCCCGGCGCGGGCGUGCCGCCGUCGGUCCCCGGCGCCGCGCUGGCCGGCGCGGUGCAGCAGGCCGAAGAGGAGAUCCUGUCGCGCUUCAAGGCGGCCUGCUGCAACGCGGGCAGCACCCUGCUGGCCGCGCUGCUGCUGGACGACAGGCUCCACGUGGCCAACGUGGGCGACAGCCGCGCGGUGCUGGCGCGCAAGGCGGACUUUGUCCAGAUCACGACGGACCACAAGCCCUGCGACGAGGCUGAGGCGCGGCGCAUCGCGCGCGAGCAUGCACUCGGCGCGUCGUUCGGGGGCGGCGCGCUCGGCGGAGCCGCCGCCGCCGCGGCAGCGGCGGCGGCUGCGGAGGUGGACGGGAGCGACGGCGGCGGCAGCUGCUGCGGCGACGACGACGGCGGCGGCUGCGGCUGCUUCGACGCGCCGGGCAGCCCUGUGGUGACGUCGGACGGGUACCUUUACGGGGAGCUCGCGGUGGCACGCGCCAUAGGCAGCCAGCACCUGAAGCUUGACCCCACAAAGCGCGCCUUCACCCACAUGCCCGACAUCCAUACUGUCAUCCUAUCCAAGGAUGACGACAUCUUGCUGCUCGCUACUGAUGGCCUGUGGGACAAGGUCGACAACUCCGAGGCCGUCGCGGCCGCGCGCCGCUGCAUGGCGCGCGACGGCGACGCGGGCGCCGCGGCGCGCGCGCUGGUCGACCGGGCCGUGCGGCAGAGCAGCACCGACAACAUAUCGGUGGUCGUGGUGCGGCUGCACGACCGGGGCAUCUCGCUGCCCCACACCAACAGCAUGCUGUUCCGGCGGCCGCAGGAGCCGUCCUCCUCAGCCUCCUCGCGCCCGGCGACGCCGGGCAGCAGGGGCUGCCCAGCGGCGGGCGGCCUGAUGGCGCGCGGCGAGGCGCCCUUCUGA